CGGCGUUGUCUAUAUUGUUGCGCAGAGCAGAGCGGCCGAGAAAACGAGCAGGGCCGAGGGCGAUCCUAGUCGCCGCACCGAGGGAGCGAGCUUGUCGCUUUUGACCCCGAGGCGUAGCGGAAUCUAUAUAAGAGCCAGGCCGCCAAGGCGAAGGUGAAGGCGAAGACAUCGUCGUCGUACUUGCGCACAAGAACACAAGCUCGGCAGCUGGCGGUUGGAGAAGCCGAGGAGGUUGGAGCAGCUGGGGAUUGGUGUGGCGUGUCAAUGGAGAAGCCCCGGCAGGUGGCGCGCAAGUUCCUGGCCCGGCCGCAGCACGAGGGCGUCGGCGCUGUCGUCCGCCGCAGCAUCGGGAGGUUUGAGCUGAGGUACUUCGAUCCGUUCCUUGUCCUGGACGAGUUCUCCGUUUCUGCUCCGGCUGGGUUCCCCGACCACCCACACAGGGGCUUCGAGACCGUCACCUACAUGCUUGAGGGGGGCGUGACGCACGAGGACUUCGAGGGCCACCGCGGAACGAUCAAGGCCGGCGAUGUGCAGUGGAUGACGGCCGGCCGCGGCAUCGUGCACUCGGAGAUGCCGGCCGGCCCCGGCACGUCCAAGGGCCUGCAGCUCUGGGUCAACCUCUCCUCCGGCAACAAAAUGGUCGAGCCCGGGUACCAGGAGGUACAGAGCAAGGACAUCGCGUGCACGACGGCCGACGGCGUGACCGUGCGCGUGAUUGCCGGCCACUCGAUGGGCAUCCGGUCGCCGGUGUGCACGCGGACGCCGACCAUGUACCUGGACUUCACGGUGCGCCCGCACGCCGUGGUGCGGCAGCCGGUGUGCGCGGCGUGGAACGCGUUCGCGUACGUGCUGGAGGGCGAGGGCGUGUUCGGGGCCGAGAAGUCCGCGCCGGUCGGGCCGCACCACCUGCUGCUCCUCGGCCAGGGCGACGGCGUGGAGGUGUGGAACAAGUCGGACAAGCCGCUCCGGUUUCUGCUCAUCGGGGGCGAGCCCAUCGGCGAGCCGGUGGCGCAGCUGGGCCCGUUCGUCAUGAACACCGAGGAGGAGAUCGACAUGACCGUAAACGACUUCGAGGAAUACGUCAAUGGCUUCGAGAAGGCCAAGCAUUGGAAAUCGCAGGCUCUGGUUGCGCUCGGCGUAGAGUAGGUUGAAAGUAGGAACGGCGGAAUACGCAGUGAAAGAAGAAAAGAAAGAACUGUUUAUUUGCACUUUGUUACUUGUACGAGUUCGUUUCAUUAUUUUUGUUCUUCCUCCAGACGAUCGGUGAUCUGCUGAUUGCUUUGUGUAAAUAUUUGGCAUAAACUUUUUUUUCUUAAUUUCUAAAUGAUAAAAUAUUCAUAAGCCUUGAAAGCA